AUGGUCAAGUUGCCUGGGGAUCUUGAGGAUCUUCAGGACUCUGAAGUUUUGAGGAAUACACGGAAGCGUAAAAGCAACUCUAUUUUACGAGUCGGGGUUUUAACUUGUGGUAUUUUUCUGCUAGGUUGGCUGUUGUUUUAUGCUUCUUCAGUAACGCAGUUUGUUCUUCCUUCAGAUUGGUUGCUGGAGAUGAGGUUCUCGAGCUGUGGAGGCGGACGAGGAGGAGGUGCAAGCGGAGAUGGUAUGUUCAACUCGGAGUUUGUUACAAGUUCGCGCUGUUCCAAGAUUGCCGCAGUUUCCCCAAAAUUUAACAAGUCCAUAGGGACUAUUUUUAAUGAUGCAGAUUUCAAAUCAGACGCAGUGUUGAAGUUGCGUGGGGCAGUGCAGAUCCCAACAGUUAUAGAGGACAACUACCCACCUCCUUCAGAAGAUCUGGAAUAUUAUUCCGAGUUCUUUAAAUUACAUAAGUACUUGGAGGAGCAGUUCCCUCUUGUUCAUUCGUCUCUAAAGCUCGAGAAGGUGAAUAAAGUAGGGUUGUUGUAUACAUGGAAUGGGUCUGAGCCAGACUUAAAGCCGCUUCUCCUAACAGCGCAUCAGGAUGUGGUUCCUGUGAAUCCGACGACUAUCGAUGAGUGGGAAUAUCCUCCGUUUGAUGCGUUUUACGACGAGAAGAGGGAUAUAAUUUGGGGGAGAGGUGUUCUAGAUGAUAAGUAUUUACUAAUAGCGGAGUUAAUUGCUGUGGAACAACUUUUAAAGGAUGGGUUUACCCCUAGGAGAACUUUGCUUAUAGGGUUUGGUUUUGAUGAGGAAGUCGGGGGUAUCCAAGGUGCCAAGGAAAUUUCAAAAGCGGUGUAUGAGCGUUAUGGUGAUGACGGGAUCUAUGCACUUCUUGACGAAGGUUAUGGUGUUCGAGCACUAAAUGAACAUUUAUACAUCGCUCCAAUUUUGGUUAGUGAGAAAGGCUAUGUCGAUUUAGAAGUCAAGAUCCAUGGUCAUGGCGGUCAUUCCUCGGCGCCACCAGUUCACACUACGAUUGGUGUUGCUUCUGAAUUAAUUUCUUUGAUUGAAGAUAAAGUGUUCCCAUACCACUUUAAUGAAGGAAACCCGCUAAAUUCAAUGCUAGAAUGUGUUGCAGAACAUACAGAUUCUAUGCCAUAUAAUGUCCGCAGAGCUUUAUUAAGUACUCACCGCAGUAGAAUAGAUGACAUGGUCAUUACUAGUUAUCUUUCCCAUAAUCCCCUAUAUUCGCCAAUGAUAAGGACGACUAAAGCAGUAGAUGUUAUAAAGGGCGGUGUGAAGGCAAAUGCUUUACCGGAGUCCACGACCUUCAUAGUUAACCACAGAGUAGAAAUCACCUCUUCUAUAGAUGCAGUUAUAGAAGAUGAUCUGGUGCUUGUUAAAAGAGUAGCUAGAAGGCACGGGUAUGGUAUCACCUUAGAAGGCAAGGAAAUCUGGCCGGCUACCCCUAUUGGCUAUAUCGAGGUCACACCCCUUAAUAGGUUGGAUCCCUCUCCAAUAUCCCCUACAAGUGGUUCAACGUGGGAUGUGUUCGCUGGCACAUUGCAAGAUGUUUAUGAGUCCAAUGUGCUCGUUGACAAAGAUAUUGACUUUUACGUUACGGGCUCAUUAUUUUCUGCGAAUACGGACAGUAAGUUUUAUUGGAAUUCAACUAAAAAUAUCUAUCGGAUGAGUGCUGCGGUUUAUACACCUGAUAUGAUGGAAAAGAUCCACUCAGUGAACGAAUACAUACAUGGUUCUUCUCUCUUGAAUACAAUAGGGUUCGUUUAUGAAUAUGUUGUGAACGUUAACGAACAAUUUAAGGAUUCUUAA